AGAAGCGGCCACGCUGUACUGCUGGACUCCGUUUAUCUGGAGUGAAAGUUAUUGCUUAUAUGUUGUUUUCUAUAUUCCAGACAGUAAUUCUGUUUAUCUCCUGACUGACGGAAACAUGGCUGAACCCAAUAGAUUUCCACCCAGCAACUCGGGUUGGCCGACUCAGCAAGCACCGCUGAACCCGCCGGUUUUACAGCACACUCCUCAGCAACAGUCGCACAAAUUUCAAGCGUUAAGAGACUGGAACUGGUUUCAUUCUGCGGUGACAAGUCCGUGGGCUCCCACCCCCAUGUAUCCUGUUAGUAGCUGCAGCGGUCCAGGUUAUGUUCAGCACCACUCUUCAGGUUUUUAUCUUCAUGGAUAUCCGUAUCGGAGGCAAGACCAUGGCCAAAACCAGUGGAGAAAUAAACAGAAAAAAACAAAAGAAUCAGAAUUCAGUCAUUUCUGUGACGCUUGUGAUAGAGGUUUCAAAAAUGACGACGCGUACAAUGAACAUAUUGCCCAACAUGUAAAGUGUUCCGUUGAUGAUUGCAAAUACACUGCACAUGAGAAGCUUGUCAAAAUCCACUGGAGAAAUAGUCAUGCCCCAGGAGCAAAACGAAUCAAGUUGGAUACUCCAGAGGAAAUUGCAAAAUGGAGAGAGGAAAGGAGACGGAACUACCCUACCCGAAGCAAUAUAGAGAAGAAAAUUAAAUUAAUGGAGGUCAAAGAAAAGAGAGGAGAUGUACUGGAAACUUCUCAGUUUGGACGUUUUAAGAGUGGUGGUCGAGUGCAUGGUGGACACCAUCAUGGAAAAGGUUUCCAGGUUCCCAGAGGGCAUGCAUAUGGCGGCCAUCAACACUUCCAUCCAGGUAGUGAAAAGGUAGAGCAGGCAUCACCUCUCUCAUGCCCUGCUCAUGAUGUAGAUCCUCUAGGAGCCCUGGCCAUCAGUGACCCAGAUCAUGAAAAAGAGGAGUCAGUGAAAGAGAUGAAGGCUGCCAUUUCUGUGGCCCCCAAAAUUAUGACCUCUGCUCUAGGAUCGCUGAUAUCCAGCUAUGGUGAAGAUAUAAGUGAAAGUGAUCAAGAACCAGAAGAUGCCCCGGUCCUGAAAAGUUCUCUGGCUUUAGAGGAGAACAAGGCCUUGCUUGCAGCUCAUUCUAACCCAAACCAGAACAGUGCACCAAAGCCUGAGAGGUGGCCAAUAACUGAAAAAUCAAAUAAAACCCAUCAAGUACCACGUUCUCAGUCAGAGUCACAUUCUCCAAGGAGCAGAGGGCAUUGUGGAGGACGGCAAAGACAACGUAAUAAACCUAGGACUGGACCACAGAAAUGUCAUCCCACUUUACUAGAGAUGUUGUUGGCCCCAGAUAUUCGCCAUGAAAGGAAUGUGGUGCUUCAGUGCAUUCGCUAUAUAAUCCAUAAGGACUUCUUUGGUCUAGCUUGUAAUGACUCCAACCUGGUCAUGCCUGAUGAUACUUCAGUAACCGUGAAUGGUUCUGUGUCAGGAAAUGAUGUUGGUGAAAGCAGAUUAACAACAUGAUUAUCUUGGAGCAUUCAGUUGUGAUGAAGUGUUACCUGGUCAGCCAGUCACAAGAAGAGAAUACUGCCUUUGUGUCACAGGAUAUACUGUGCUGUAAAGGGCAUAACGCAUGAAAUGGAGAUCAUUGCUUGCAGCUGGAAGGAGUUUUGUAUUCUGUUGGUCUGUCAAGACGCAGCUUACACCUAAGUUGUGUUUAAAUAAAAGCUCACUGCACUAACUUUUUUUUUUUUCCUCGGUGUACAGCACAAACUUAUCAUCGAAGGUCACUUCUGUUAAUAUUUGUUUAGUAGUUGGUGAUUGUUCCAGUGGGGUACCACAGGAUGGAGAUGCACCAAGGCAACCCUUACAGCCAGUAAAUCAUUACCAGUCAGAAUACACCACACUACUUUUUACCAGAAGCCAUCAGGCUUUCUCUGAUUUUGUAACAGUAAAGAUCAAAUUAUUGUUGGGAGUCACAGAGUCCCAUGAAUCUUUUCAAGCGAGUGAUCACACCAAGGAUGUUGACUACAGCAGAAUGCAGAACUGAGCUUACAAAUGAGGAAUAUGAUGUUACUCCUGAGAUUUCUGUGGUCACCAGUGCCAUGCUGUUUAAUUUUUAUUUGACAAAUCAAACAACCAAGAAUGAACACCAAGACAGUUUGUGUAUUUUUGUUUAACCUACAUUUAACAUUAACAUUGUCAAAGGCAAGGUGAGGUGGAUAAUUGUUUUAGUAUAAAUACACAGGUGAUUUAAACUUCAUAGCAUCUUUAGUGCUUUUAGGAACAGCAUUUUCUUUCCUAAUUUGUAAUUAUUCCUCACUUACGGUGACGGCCACCGUUUUGCCGAGUCACUUGAGGUGAUAAUUGAGAAAUAAUCCGAAUCUCUUGAUCAAUCAGUGUGCGUUUUCCUAUAAUCACCUCUGUAUUUAUACUAAUGUCUGACUUUUAUUUCUGUUUGAUUGAUUAAAUGUUAACCCAUGUGAAUAUGAAUAAUUGCAAUUCUUUUCUAAGCAUUUACUAAUGGAUAUAAGAAGAAACAAAAAUAAAACCUCUUUCUGUGGAAUUUGAUCAGGCAUAUUGAAUGAUUUGACUGGUUUUUGUAUCACUUUUAUACACAUACUGCACAUAUUUGACUAAGUCUCAUUGUACAUCUGGUUGUCUAUCAAGUUA